AUGAGCACGCCACUGCGUGCCUACGCCGUGCCAAUCUCACACGUUGCCCACGCUUGCCAGCACCAUCCGCACGGGUACAAGUGCUCCGUGUGCGACAAGGUGUACGCGUCCUACCAGACGCUGGGCGGGCACAAGACGAGCCACCGGAAGCUGCCGCCGCCGGCGGCGGCCACGCCAAGAGACGAGGCAUUGUCCGGCGACACCGCACAUGCAAAGGAGGAGAAGCUGCACCAGUGCUCGCUCUGUCGCCGCACGUUCCCGUCGGGGCAGGCGCUGGGCGGGCACAAGACGAGCCAUUGGAAGCCGACGGCGCCAGGGACCAAAGAGGCCAGCGUGGCCGCGGUGGCGACAGCCGUGGUGCGGGAUUUCGACCUCAACCUGCCGGCCGACGUCGAGGGCGCGCCGCCGGAUGCCAAGCGGGCAUGCACGGACGAUUAUGCGGCGAUGAUGGUCGUGCUGCAGGACUUCGACUGGCCGAGUGUGCGACGCCGGAUGCCAAGCAGACCUGUAGUUGCUAGAUCGAUCUGGUAA